AUGGCCGGGGACACACAAGAGGUACCUCUUGAACUCGAAGCAGUCAUUGGAUUCAAUGGAUAUGUAUUUUCUGGACUGAUGGUUCAUCCAGACAGUGAACACAUCAUCUAUCCACUGGGCUGCAAUAUCAUCGUGAAAAACCUUAAAAGCGGCAAACAGGAGUUUCUGCGCGGACAUACCAAUACAGUGUCGUGUAUAACGGUGUGCAAAAGCGGAAGAUAUGUUGCUUCGGGUCAAGUUAAUUUCAUGGGAUUCAAAGCUGAUGUCAUAAUCUGGGAUUAUGCAAAGAGAGAAGUCUAUGCUUGCCUGCGGCUUCACAAAGCCAAAGUGGAGGGCCUCGCCUUCUCCCCUAAUGCCACGUAUCUGGUGACACUUGGCGGACAGGAUGACGGCAGUAUUGUGGUGUGGAAUGUGGAGAAAAGAGAGGCCGUCUGUGGAAGUCCCGCCUCCACGUCCAGUUCUGGCUACGCCCUGACCGUCCAGUACUCCAACACCAGUGAGAACAUCUUUGUAUCUGCUGGCAAUGGCACACUGAGAGUGUGGGAACUGGAUCUUCCAAACCGCAAAAUCCGUCCUACAGAUUGUCAGACGGGGCUGUUAAAGAGAAUCGUCAAAUGCAUUGAGAUUCCUCCUGAUGAUUCCUAUUUCCUCUGUGGAACCACCAGUGGAGACAUUCUGAGAGUCAACCUUAACACCCGACUCAUGAAUGGCAUUGGCCCUGUUAAACAGAAAUUCGGCAAAGGAGUCAAUGCGAUGAAAGUGUUGAAAUCAGGCGAUCUAUUGGUGGGCUCAGGGGAUGGCGUGUUCAGGCUCUGUAUGGGUCCCCAGUUUAGGACAAUCAGGAGGGUGCAGUUAGAGGGAGGUGUGACAUCCAUCACCUUGCGUGGGGAAGGACAGCAAGUCUUUGUGGGUACGAGUGCGGGCCAGAUGUAUCGUUUCAGCAACCUGGAUUUUAAAGAAGAGCUAAUUGUUACCAGCCAUAGCAGCGCUGUGAACCACAUAGCCUUUCCCCAUGGGACGUCUGAGCUUUUCGCCACGUGCUCAGAAAGUGACAUCAGAGUAUGGCUCACGGAGACAUGCAGUGAGCUUCUGCGUAUUCCCGUGCCUAACGUGACCUGCAACGCCAUAGACUUCACGAGUGACGGCCUGAGCAUCGUCAGCGCCUGGAGUGAUGGGAGGAUUCGAUGUUUUACCCCAGAGACGGGCAGACUAAACCUGACAAUCCACAGCGCUCACAAAACGGGCGUGACAGCCCUUGCCUGUACUAGAGACUGCAUGAGGAUCGUUAGCGGAGGAGGUGAAGGCCAGGUGCGAGUGUGGGAGAUCCUGCCACAUUUUCACAGGCUGGUAGAGACCAUGAAGGAGCACAAGGCCUCCAUCAACUGCAUCAAAAUCAAGAGCAACGACAGGGAGUGUGUCACAGCCAGCUCGGACGGAGCCUGUAUCAUUUGGGACCUAGUGCGUUUUGUGAGGUGUCAGAUGGUUUUGGGUAACACACUCUUCAGAACCGUGUGUUACCAUCCUGAGGAGUUUCAGAUCAUCACCAGUGGAACAGACAGAAAGAUCAGUUACUGGGAGGUGUAUGAUGGUUCUGUCAUAAGGGAACUUGAGGGCUCUGUCUCUGGCUCCAUCAACGGCAUGGACAUAUCACCUGAUGGAAACUGCUUUGUGACAGGAGGUGAUGAUAAGCUCCUGAAGGUGUGGGGUUAUUCGGAGGGAAAUGUGUCUCACAUCGGCGUUGGUCACAGCGGUUGCGUCACCAGCGUAAAGAUCUGCUGCAACAGCAGAUACAUCCUCAGCUCCAGCAGUGACGGAGCCAUCCUGAAGUGGAGGUUCCCCCACACGUUCUGA